AUGUUCUUGCGUGACAAUGAGCUGGCACGUGGACGCGGCGAGGGCCGACGAGACGACCGCGCACGUGUGCUACAGCUAGCAAAGGAGCAGCGAGAGGCAAGAGCUCGAAGAAAGGAACAAGAGGUAGCAGUAUUGAAGCUACAGGCGUUUGUGCGUGGACGGCUUGUUGCUCGAUGCAUGAGGACUCGAAUACGAGCUGAGUUUGACCAGAAAUUGAGUGAUAUUAUCAAUUUAAAGGCUAUUUUACAGCUUCCGACUAUGGCCAUGCCCUAUAAUGCAUUAUUUGAGUUGCUGCGUCUGGUGCUGUUUUUCUAUACUGGACGAAGUAAAGACGCUGAGAGACUUUUGAAGCUGAGCUUGUUGUUUACCGACGCGCUGGAUGAUGCUGUUGUUGAGGUUCGAGGGACAGCAGAGAAACAGCGAGAGUGGCAGCUACGACGACUCGUUGACUUGUGUCUGCAGUGCAGCUCUUUGUCUUCCCCAAGCGUGGAUGUGUCCGUGGGAUUCAAGACUGUGCUGGCAUUGACAGAAAUGCUGCCAGAGAUACAGCAAUACUUGCUGUCUGGCGAACUGCUUGUGUUUUAUCCGGUGCAACAAGCUCGGAAGAUCCUGUAUAGUGAGUUGCCACGCACUUCUGUGACGAUGAUUAUGCGUCAAGGAUUGAUAUCUGCACGAGGGCAUCUUCCCAUUUCGUCUCGUGCAAAGCCGUCGCUGUAUUGCAACGCUCUGGUGGAUUUUAUAGUCUUUUCAGUGCCACUAUUGAACCAAGUUGUUGCCGAGGACCGAUUGCUUCAAUUCACAAAUUUGUCGCUGUGGAAUCGACUGCUUAGUGCAGGAUUGCAUCUGUCAGUGUUUGACUUUCCUGAUUCUCCUGUCUCGGGUAUUGCGUCUGAAGCCUGGUUUCUUGGCAACAUUCUUUGGAUUUCUGAUCGCGUGGAAAACAAAACAGACGUUGUUGUGCUUAGCGAAGUCCAGCUCCUUUCAAAACUGCUACAAUCUGUCCCACCUGCAACAUAUGCCGCGUCGGGAGUGGCGGUUUCGUGGACAAAAGUAUCCGAAUCUCAUUCCGUGGCUGUAGUUUUCCCAGAAGCUUUAAACGAGCAGCUACAAAUUUUGGUUAAUGACCAGUAUCUACGCUCAAUGUGCAACCACCUCCUUUUGUUUUCUCCUAGUGCGCUUCGCCAUCCGUUGGCAACUCAGCGGCCGACACCGAUGCACCCUGAAGCACCAACAGUUGCGGAACAAUUUGGUUUUGGCGAUAUCGCAUCGGCGUCUUCGUUGUCAGCGUCGCUUUCAGUAACAUGGCAGAAGAUAAAAUCGAUUGGAAAGUCGACUUGGGCCCGGAGCUUGUUUGAUAAGACUGGGCUGCGGCGUAGACGAGAGGGUGAUGUGGAUGGAGGGAUCGGUGGAGUUGCUCAGUUGCAAAAUACCUCGAAGGAGGCACGCCAAAUUGCUGUACAGGGAGUUGAUGGUCUCAAAAAGUCUACACCGUUUCAACAAGAGGGGGCUCUCAAGCUAUCGUCAAGCUCUAAGCCUUUUAUCCUUGAAAAUAUCAAGGCAUUGUCGUGCCUUUGCGGUACUUUCCUUUUUCGAUGGGGACAUGGUGGUGGCAAACGGCAAUCGUAUGCAAUGCGCCUACUCAACACCCUUGCUUUCUAUCAUGUCGAAUUUGUGGAAAGUGAAGGGAAUACGACCGAGAGCGUAUCCUUUGUUCAUAUGCUAUGGUGUGUUUUGCAGGACACCAGAAACUUUGAAGACUUUACUAAGAAUGUGGAUUUAAUGCAUGCACGAAGCUCAGAUCCGUAUGUGUGCAUGCUGGUGCUGUUUUGUGUGUCAUACGAGCAUCUCUUGGUGGUAAUGGACGAUGAAGAGAUGUACGCACAAGAGUAUCCGCUUCCUCUUUGCCAGAUAGAGCGUAUUGUUUUGAGUCUGAAACAUGCGCUUCAUGAGGCAUAUUGGACCUACGCCAAUCUUGCUCCAUCUUCGGAAUCAGUUACAUUCGGUAUGUUUGUCGUUGAAAUGGGUACCCGUUUGAUGAGAGUGCUGUACGAUCGAUGCUCUCGUCAGCCUUUUUGCAACGUCACAAGCUGGAUUAUUGCAGAGCUCGAUAGCAACCAACUGAUCGAGGAAGUUUUGAUCGGCACACCUCGAGCCAACAAACUAAUCCAUUCAAUGCCUUACCUUGUAACGUUUCCUGACCGGGUCAAGUUGUUCCAGCGCUUGGUCAAGGCGGAUAAAAUGAUUCACCAAAAUGAAAGCUGCUCGGUGUACCGCAUUCGUAUCCAUCGUGGUGCUAUCCUGGAAGAUGGUUUGAAAAAACUCAACACGAUCCGGACGAGCCUGAAGAAGCGAAUCAAUGUGGUCUUUGUCAACUCUGCUGGUCGCGAAGAAGUGGGCAUCGAUGCAGGAGGGCUCUUCAAAGAGUUUUGGUUAGAUCUGUCAAAUCUUGCGUUUGAUUUGGAGUAUGGCCUUUUCUUGACAACGCACGACCAAUUAUUGUAUCCCAAUCCGAAUUCGGCUUCAAGUCAUUUCACGCGUGAGAGCGAUCACUUGACGAUAUUCCAGUUUGUCGGUCGAAUCCUCGGAAAGGCUUUGUAUGAGGGCAUUGUGGUACAGCCAAAAUUUGCCCACUUUUUCCUCUCAAAGCUUCUGCAUUCGUUCAAUCAGUUGAACGAAUUACCAUCACUUGACCCUGAAAUUUAUAAGAGCCUAAUGUUUUUGAAGUCUUACGAUGGCGAUGUCGAGGAUCUAGGUCUGACGCACACGGUUGUCCACGACGUAUUUGGCGAGCAGAAGGAAAUCGAGAUUAUUCCAGGCGGCGGCAAUGUGCCCGUUACGAACCAAAAUAAGACGCGAUAUAUUCACCUGGUUGCGAACUACUAUCUCAAUACACAGAUCCGCGAGCAGUGUUCAGCUUUUCGCAUGGGUGUAUCAGAUCUCAUCGAUCCACGCUGGCUUCAAAUGUUCAACGAGCCCGAGCUGCAAGUGCUAAUUUCGGGCAAGAGCGGCAAAAUUGACGUCGAUGAUCUGAAGGCCAACUCUCGCUACGCUGGCGGCUACUAUGCUUUGGAUAAGCGUGUUGCAUGGCUAUGGCAAGCGCUAGCAAGUUUCACGCCUUCCGAGCAGGCCGCGUUUCUGCGCUUCACAACGAGUUGCCAGCGGGCUCCAUCGCUGGGAUUUGCAUCGCUGACGCCUCAGUUUUGCGUGCAGAAGAUUCCAAUUCGGAGCGACGAUGAAUUGCUGCCGAGCUCUUCGACCUGUUUUAACACGCUCAAACUGCCCACCUACUCAUCCUACAAGGUGCUGCGCUCGAAGUUGCUCACGUCCAUUUCAUCCGGUGCUGGAUUUGAAAUGACAUAG